AGUCCGCUUCACAGGGAUGAUCAUGGGCACUAACAAGCUGAUUGAGUGUGUGUUUUUUAGUGAAUUUCAUCCAACUCUUGGACCUAAAAUCACUUAUCAGGUUCCUGAAGAAUAUAUAUCAAGGGAGUUGUUUGAUACAGUGCAAGUAUACAUUAUCACCAAACCCGAGCUUCAGAAUAAGCUCAUUACAGUGACUGCAAUGGACAAGAAGCUAAUUGGAUGUCCAGUGUGCAUCGAGCAUAAAAAAUACAGUCGUAAUGCCUUACUCUUCAACUUGGGUUUUGUGUGUGAUGCUCAGACGAAGACAUGUGCCCUUGAGCCCAUAGUCAAGAAACUCUCACAAUACUUGACAACUCUGGAGCUGGAGAGUGGCUUUAUUUCAAACGAGGAGAGCAAACAGAAGCUGUUGCCCAUCAUGUCUACAUUACUUGAGGAGCUCAAUGCGACAGGAGCCUGUACUCUUCCUAUUGAUGAGUCAAAUACAAUUCACCUGAAGCUGAUUGAGCAGAGGAAAGACCCCGUCAUCGUUCAGGAGUACGAUGUUCCGGUCUUCACUCAGACCAAGGAACGCUAUAUCAAAUCUCAGUGGGAUCUCACCACACAACAGAUUCUGCCCUACAUCGAUGGAUAUCGACACAUACAGAAGAUUUCUGCUGAGGCUGAUGUUGAGUUGAACUUAGUACGAAUCGCCAUUCAGAACUUACUGUAUUAUGGAGUUGUAACACUAGUGUCAAUAUUUCAGUAUUCCAAUGUUUACUGCCCAACACCGAAAGUCCAGAGCCUGAUAGAUGACAAAGCUAUUCAGGAAGAAUGCCUGCAUUAUGUCAAUAAACCUGGACAACGUGUGAGCCUCCGAGAUGUUUUUCAGCUUUAUUGUGGUUUGACUCCAGGAACUACAGUGCGUGACCUGUGUUCUCGCUAUGCUCAGCAACUACAAAAGGUAGAUGAGAGAAAGCUGAUCCAGUUUGGCUUAAUGAAGGGCCUGAUUCGCCGGUUGCAGAAAUAUCCUGUUAAAGUUAUUCGAGAUGAGAGGAGUCGUCCUCCAAAACUUUACACUGGUUGCCACAGUUAUGAUGAGAUCUGCUGUAAAACUGGAAUGAGCUACAAGGAGCUGGAUGAGCGAUUGGAAAAUGACCCCAAUAUUAUUAUCUGCUGGAAGUGAUGUCAUAUUAAAGAUGGAUUUGUAGAUUAAUUUAUUUGAUGAGGUCGACAACCACAUUUCAGUCGAGCUGUAAGGUAGUAUCACUGGGACCACAGACUGAGAAGCAUAAGCAGACGUGUUAUGUGACCUACUCUCACACAGGGCCCGACCCAAAAUCCAAGAACAUAUAUACAGUCAGGUCCAGAAUUAUUGGCACCCUUGAUAAAGGUUAUGGGGUAAUAUGUCAUUAAUUAGCUUAAUCUCAAACUGAAAUGAGUGAAAUCUAACCUUUAAUUUAUUUUAUAUAUAUACACACACACACACCAUGUUUAACAAAGCCACAGCUAUUGGUAUCCUUAGAGCUUUAUUUUUAAAGCUUCCCGAGUGUUUAAACUAAAUUUCUCUGGACACUUUGUGAACCCUACUUAACAUUUACAAUAAGUAGAUGUUGCACAAUAAAAGUUUGGACCCACCUUCUAA